AUGUUUGCAUUCCUCAGCUCUGCUUCAAGCACCUUUGCACUCAUCAAUUUAGAAUAUUUUAUUGCUGCAUUGAAAUAUCACGAAGCACAACAAAAGCAAAGUUCACCUGAACAGUACGACUACGAAGAACAAAACGACUACGUUGAAGAUGAUGAAGACGCCGAAUUUGAUCGCACUAGCUAUGAGCACGCAAAAUCCCGAAAAUGGAAAGGAGCACGAAACAAGAAAUUGUUUCUUAUAGAGAAAUCUGAGCGCUCCUAUGGUAAUUAUGCUGAGUUCUCUUACGGUGAAGAGGGAGUCCAUCAAGGGGAACCCGUGUGCUCAGAUCAGGAGUUCAGAUGCCCAUACCUGGAGGAAACUAAGUGUUUCCACUAUGACAAGCUGUGCGAUGGUGUAGACGAUUGCGGCGACGGGAGUGAUGAGGUAGAUUUGGAGAAUUCGACAUACAUAUAUACCAAAGAUUUUGCGAAUCAUCUUAAAAAAACUUCUAAUUUCCAAAUCUUUAUGAUAGAGUUGGUAAAUGAAAAUAAUGGCUUUUGGACUCAAUGAGU